AUGCCAAACGACGCUGGAAGGGACAACAGCGCUCUGUACAUCAUGGCGGCAACGCGGAGCCGAGACUCUAAAUCACGCGGCCGGCUGGAACCGAGUUUUGUAGCCGCCGGGCCUGCAGGGAACCGGCUCAUCCGUCACGUCCUGACGGCUAUCCCAGCACAAACAGCCCCCACACCGCUAUCCCAGCACACCCAGACCCCACACGCUAUCCCAGCACACCCAGAGCCCACACGCUAUCCCAGCACACCCAGACCCCACACGCUAUCCCAGCACACCCAGACCCCACACCGCUAUCCCAGCACACCCAGACCCCACACGCUAUCCCAGCACACCCAGACCUCACACCGCUAUCCCAACACACCCAGACCCCACACUGCUAUCCCUGCACACCCAGACCCCACACCGCUAUCCCAGCACACCCAGCCCCCACACUGCUAUCCCAGCACACCCAGCCCCCACACUGCUAUCCCAGCACACCCAGACCCACACCGCUAUACCAGCACACCCAGCCCCCACACCGCUAUACCAGCACACCCAGACCCCACACGCUAUCCCAGCACACCCAGGCCCGCAUCGAUUGCAGCUCAGUUCUACAUCCACACUUAA